AUGAUUUUCUGUAAAGAUUUUUAAAAAGCGGAACUAUUUUUGAAAUGUCGACAGUUUCAGGAAGUGGGAGCAGUGUGUUAUUUCCAGAAACGUGAGCGGCUGCGCCAGGCGAUGACUUGUCGACUGUUUCACGCUGACGCGACCAGAAAGAAUGGACUCAGCUCGUCGUUCUCCGCCUAUCCAGAAAUACCGCUGACUAAUUGUUUUGAAAGCGCCCUGAUUUAUUGUCCCCGGAAUCUCCCGACGUACUUUAGUCAUCCAGACUAUUCCGGACGGGGACAUCCCAGAGACUGAUCGCAGCCAUGAACGGACACUGCAGAGCUACGACCCUCAACGAGCGACCCAUAAUAGGUAUCCUGGCACAGCACACGGACGACGACCUGGCCCAGGAGGCCCGCACCUACGUGGCCAGCACCUACGUGAAGUACCUUGAGUCAGCCGGCUGCAGGGUGGCGGUCAUCAGAUUGUACCUCGGCGAGUCUGAAUAUGAGAAGCUAUUUAACUCGAUAAACGGCAUCCUGCUCCCCGGCGGAGCCGUGGACCUCCAGACCUCGGAGUUCGCCCGGGUGGCCGGAAUCAUCUACAGGCUGGCGAUCCAGGCCGGUGACCGGGACGACUAUUUCCCGGUGUGGGGCACGUGUAUGGGCCACCAGCUGCUGACGGCGCUCACCUCCGGUCAAAACUUGCUCCGCCUCACGGAUAGCGGCAACGUGGCGCUGCCGCUCCACUUCACCCCAGAAACAAAAAGCUGCCGAAUGUUCCGUGACUUCCCCCCGGAGCUGAUGAGAGUUUUAGCGGAAAACCCCCUGACCGGUCACUUCCACAAGUACAGCCUCACCCUGGAGGCCUUUGAGGCGAACGAGAAGCUGCACUCCUUCUACAGACUCAUCUCCACCAACACCGACCCACAAGGAAUCACCUUCGUCUCCACCAUGGAAGCUCUCCAGUAUCCGAUUUACGGCACCCAGUGGCAUCCGGAAGCGAACCGCUUUUUCUGGAAGGAAAGCUUGGAUGCUCCACACUGUCCCUUGGGAGUCAGGAUGUCCUACCUAUUGGCUGACUUCUUCGUAAAUGAAGCCAGGAGGAAUCUUCACCGGUUUGCCAGUAAAGAGGAAGAAGAGUCGGCAUUGAUCGAUCAGCACACGCCGCGCUUCCUCGGAGACCGGAGCUCGUACCGUAGCGUCUACCUCUUUGACUGAUCCGCGGUGGGACUGGCCGGAGGUUUCUCAGUCUGCUGACUACCGGGAAGAGGGGAGACCUGCGUCCCGUCCCCGAAUAUCUUCCAAACACUGCCUCCUCCAUGUGUUGGCGGUGACUGAGAGGAGUCAGCUUUCCAGCACCAUGUACAAUUCCCCCCCCCACCCUCAUUCCCCUCACUCCUUUCCACU